GUUCUAGCGGAGAAGAGGAGGUGGCGGCCACGGCUGAGCACUUUACCCGAAAAAGGGACUCUUCCUCCGGCCGCUGGUGGUAGUCGCUAUCCGCCGGUCCCGGCUGGCGAAAAGCCACCUAGUUGUUGCUUUCUUCCGCGGUUGUUUCUAUAUAUUUUUUCGACUUGGCGCGCCAAGUAUGAAGUCUGUGCGCAGGUGCAGGAUAAUUAGCAGUUAAUAGAGGUUUUGGGGGGGUUCUUCUCUUUCUCGUCAUCGCCUGAAAGACCACCAUGGAGGGGAAUGGAGACGUGAAAGGCGCUUACCUCGACUCGGAUUUUGGGAGUGUUCCCGAAGAGACGCAGAGUACAGACGAAGAAGACGAGAAGCUGGACCACAUCCUCUACCCUCCUUCCUCAGCCUCACUCAGGAAGUCCAGCCACCCUGACCUGAGUCUGCGCUUCAAGCGCCAGCUCAGCGACGAUGGCAAGCACAUGAGAAGACGCAGCCUCGGCGGGGGUCUGACAGGAAAGUACCUUCUUUUCUCGGCCCACGCCCAGCAAUCGUGGCCUCCGCAAUCGUAUCCUGACACGUCUUCCAACCUGAUCCGCAUGAACGCGCUGAACCUCGGCAAGUCGGACCCUUCCCUGACCUCCAGCUCGAAGGAGCUCAGUCUUCCCCGAAGAGGCAGUCUCUGCAGGACAAGCAACAGGAAAAGCCUGAUCGGAAGUGGCCAGUCCACAGGUUUACCCAGACCCCAUUCGCCCCUCUCGUCUUUUGCAGGCACGAGUCCACAGGACAGUCCGAGGAACUUUUCCCCGAGCACCUCGGCUCAUUUCUCCUUCGCCCGAAGGAGCGACGGUCGCCGCUGGUCGCUGGCCUCCCUUCCCUCCUCUGGAUAUGGAACCAACACGCCUAGCUCCACCGUCUCUUCGUCCUGUUCAUCACAGGAAAAGCUGCAUCAGCUGCCCUUCCAGCCCACGCCGGACGAGCUGCACUUCCUGUCUAAGCACUUCUGCACCGAGAGCAUCUCCGCCGCCGACGAGUGUCGCCGCGCUACGGCUAUGCGACCGCGCUCGCGCAGCCUCAGCCCUGGGAGGUCUCCAUCCUGUUACGACCACGAAAUUAUCAUGAUGAAUCACGUCUACAAGGAGCGCUUUCCCAAGGCCACCGCUCAGAUGGAGGAGAAAAUCGAGGAGAUAAUCCGCGGCAACUCCCCGGAGAGCGUCCUGCCGUUGGCCGACGGCGUGCUGGGCUUCGCGCGUCACCAGAUCAUCGAGCUGGCGCGCGACUGCUUGGAGAAGAGCCGGCUGGGCCUGGUCACGUCCAGCUACUUCUGCGAGCUCACCGACAAGCUGGAGAGGCUCGUGCAGGAGUCCACCGAGCGUUCUGAGAGCGAGGAGGUCAACUUCAUCCGCGAGCUGGCUAAAAAGAUCCUCAUGGUCAUCGCCCGACCCGCCCGCCUGCUGGAAUGCCUGGAGUUUGACCCGGAGGAAUUCUACCACCUCUUGGAAGCUGCCGAGGGCCACGCCAAGGAGGGCCAAGGCAUUAAGACUGACAUCCCCCGUUACAUCAUCAGUCAACUGGGACUCACCCGAGAUCCAUUAGAAGAGAUGGCCCAGUUAAGCAACAGUGACAGCGGAAUUGCACAAACUCCCGAAACCGACGACUGCUCUCAGAGCCUGAGCGGCGCCUUGAGAUCCAGACGCAAACCGUGCGAGUUGGACUUCGAGUUGACCAAACUUAUCAGCAACGGCGCCUACGGAGCCGUGUACUUGGUGCGGCACAAGGAGAGCAAGCAGCGUUUCGCUAUGAAGAAGAUCAACAAGCAGAAUCUGAUGCUGAGGAACCAGAUCCAGCAAGCCUUUGUGGAGAGGGACAUCCUCACCUUCGCGGAGAACCCCUUUGUGGUUUCCAUGUAUUGCUCCUUCGAGACCAGACGACACCUCUGCAUGGUCAUGGAAUAUGUGGAAGGAGGAGACUGCGCCACCCUACUGAAAAACAUGGGCCCUCUGCCAGUGGACAUGGCCCGGAUGUACUUUGCCGAGACCGUGCUGGCACUGGAGUACCUGCACAACUAUGGCAUUGUGCACCGGGACCUCAAACCAGACAAUUUGCUGGUGACAUCCAUGGGUCACAUCAAGCUCACGGACUUCGGCCUGUCCAAAGUGGGCUUGAUGAACAUGACCACCAACCUGUACGAAGGCCACAUCGAGAAGGACGCCCGCGAGUUCUCCGACAAGCAGGUGUGCGGAACGCCGGAGUACAUCGCUCCCGAGGUAAUCCUGAGGCAAGGCUAUGGCAAGCCGGUGGACUGGUGGGCCAUGGGCAUCAUCCUCUACGAGUUCUUGGUGGGCUGCGUGCCCUUCUUCGGGGACACGCCCGAAGAGCUCUUUGGGCAAGUCAUCAGUGACGAGAUCAACUGGCCGGAUGGAGAAGAAGCUCCGCCUACCGACGCACAGGAGCUCAUUGCCGUUCUGCUCAGGCAGAAUCCUCUGGAGCGAAUGGGCGCAGGUGGCGCCGCUGAGGUGAAGCAGCAUCCCUUUUUCCACCACCUGGACUGGAACGGCCUCCUCCGGCAGAAGGCAGAGUUCAUCCCUCAGCUGGAAUCGGAAGACGACACCAGCUACUUUGACACUCGCUCAGAGCGCUACCACCACCUGGAGACUGAGGAGGAUGACACCAACGACGAGGACUUCAACGUGGAGAUGCGUCAAUUCUCCUCCUGUUCUCACCGCUUCUCCAAGGUGUACAGCAGUCUGGACCUUUCUCGCGGCCACGUUGAGGAGAAAGAAGACACGGGAGAGGACAAGAAAAGCCAAAGCCCGUCCACGCUCGACUCGCUAAACUGGACGCCUGACUUCACCGACACGCCGUCCGUGGACGUCGAACCGCUCCGGCAGAAUCCGGUAACCGCUACCUUACCCAAGUUUGCCAUCUCGACCUCGGAGAGCGAAGAAGUGGACGAGUCGUCGGGAACGGGAGACCCCAACAAGACCUCCUUCUCGGUGGUUGAGCUGCCGCGGGAUGAGAACGACGCCACCACACCCGGCAGCACCCGUAGCGGGGCUACGCUCUCCGGAAGUUUUUCCGAGCAUUUGGACCAGUUGAAUUCCCGAGGCGAUGACGUGCAGAGCCCAGACGGACAACAGGUGGUAACGACGGCUGUCCCGAGACUCGGCAGCAGCAGCUGCGGCGGGGACGACAAGCCACGAGCACCCGUUAAAGCCACCAAGUCCGUUUCCACCGGCGCCCUCUCCCUCAUGAUCCCCGCAGACAUGUUUGGUGCAUCCCCGCUGGCGAGCCCGCUGUCACCUUACUCGCUGUCGUCAGAGCCCUCCUCCUCCCGAGACUCCUCCCCAAGCCGAGACUCGCCGUCCUACUCCUCGCCGCUGGCGCGGCAGCCGGUGGUCAUCCACGGCAGCGGCAAGAAGUUCGGCUUCACGCUGCGGGCCAUCCGUGUCUACGCCUGUGACGGCGACGUCUACACAGUCUACCACAUGGUCUGGAAUGUAGAGGACGGCGGCCCCGCACAGAAAGCUGGACUCAAAGCCGGCGAUCUCAUCACGCACGUCAACGGGGAGGCCGUCCAUGGCCUGGUCCACACUGAAGUGGUGGAACUGCUGGUCAAGAGCGGCAGUAAGGUUUCCAUCAGCACCACACCCUUUGAAAACACGUCCAUUAAAAGAGGCCCGGCCAGAAAGAACAGCUACAGGAGCAAAAUGGUGCGCUGCGCCAAGAAGGCCAAGAAGGAAAAGACUCCAGAGAGACGCCGUUCCCUUUUCCGACGUUUCGCCAUGCAGCCGUCUCCCCUGCUGCACACCAGUCGCAGCUUCACGUCGCUGAGCCAUUCGCUGUCGUCUGGAGAGAGUCUUCCCGGCUCACCCACGCACAGCGUUUCGCCUCGCUCGCCCACCGCAGCCUUCCACCCGCCACCCGACUUCACCCUCUCAGGUGGCAACUCUUCACAAAGCAGCUCGCCCAGCUCCAGCGCACCAAACUCCCCUGCAGGCUCCACCCAGAUCCGGCCCAGCACCCUGCACGGCCUGGGCCCCAAGCUGCCGUGCCAGCGGCUUCGUCAGGGCCGUCGUAAGUCCGCCGGGAGCAUUCCGCUCUCCCCUUUGGCCCGGACGCCCUCCCCCACGCCGCAGCCUACUUCCCCUCAGCGCUCACCUUCCCCUCUUCUCGGCGGACACUCGGUGACCAUUUCCAAAAGCGCGCAGGCCUUCCCAAGCAAAAUCCACUCCCCGCCCACCAUCAUCCGUCACAUGGUGCGGCCCAAAAGCGCCGAGCCGCCGCGUUCCCCGCUCCUGAAACGAGUGCAGUCCGAAGAGACGCUGUCGCCCUCCUACGCCGCCGACAAGAAGCACCUGUGCGCUCGAAAGCAAAGCCUGGAGGUGACUCAGGAGGAGGCGCAGGAUCAAGAAGACGGGGACGUCGGCGCUCCGGCGGGGGACGUUCCCCGCGUUCGGCCUGUCGAACAAGGCUGCCUGAAGAGGCCGGCGUGCCGCAGGGAGCGUCAGGAAUCUCUGGAGGAGCCGGAAAGGCGUGAAUCCGAUCCGUCAGCCGGUAACGACUUCUUACCCCGGACUCAAAGCAAAUCCGAAACGACGGGCGUGGCCCUCAAAGAUGUCCUGUACAAAAAACUGGGUCGCGUGUCGGACGCUGUUAGCGAUUUGGCCGCUAGCGACGGAGAGCGGUUACUCCACUCCAAACUGGAGAGGUCGGAGCUUAAAGCGGACUUCACAAGGAAGCGGCUGUCCUUCGAAGAGCGGGAAGACUUUGUUUGUCGGCUCUCCCCGGCCAAGCACGAUAACCUUCAUUUCGGCGCCACCCGCUCCAAAAGCCUCCAGCUAGAUGAGCACAUGAAGUCCGGACUGGAAAGUUCCGCGGCCCCGAAGAUGUUCUCCGGCCGGGGGGAGAGCGCCGUGGAGAAGCUGCAGCUCAUUUCCUUAGGCGAGUGUCCUCUGCGGAAGACGUCCUCGGACUACAAACUGGAAGUACGCCACGUGUCUCCUCUCAAGCCUCUGGAGGGCACCCUUGACAUCGGCUUACUGUCGGGACCCCGAGUCUCCAAAACGGACACCUGCUUAUCCAAAAUGGCAGAGAACAAAUUUUCAAGCCCCCCUCUUUGGCUCCAGAAUGCCGCGGAACGACAGCUGAAAACUCCGGACAAACCCAAAAGCCCUCUAGCGUGCCACCCGAGUCCGGACCCCGUCGCCUCCCUGAAUGUAUUCCCCAAGGAACACUUGCUCGCUGAGAAAACCAAAAGCAGACACGACGCCGACGUCUCCAAGCAAGAAGGUCGAACCUGCGUGAAGGUGACCGCAUCCCGUCAUUUCUCUUACGGGAAGACGCCCUCCAUCCGGGAGGUCAGCAAUGAAGACCAGGACGAAGAAGCGGAGCAGCCAAAAGUUGACGCCGAAAUUUUCCCGGCACCAUCUUACGCCCGUUCUGCAGGAAGUUUGGAUCUGGACAAAGAGGGUAUUAGUCAGGGACUCUGUGUUUCACCUGAGUCAAACAAAACCACCGACUGCUCCGCCUCUAAGCAGGUCCUGGGCGGCUCUCAAACUGCAUCAGUGUUAAACUCUGCCGACGCCAAGAAAGAUCAACCGGCGUCGGACCACCUGAAGACUAAAGGAACUUUAGAAAACUCGCUAAAAGCGGCAGAACUCGGCCCCUCGAAGAAGCUUGAAAACACUUUAGCGCUUAAGUUCAGCCCCGAGCGCACUCGAAUCCCCGAUCCCCAAUUGCGAGAAGCGCCAUCCACCACUCACGUAGCCAUCGACUCCAAAUGCGGAAACCCCGCGUUUCCCUCAGCUGAGGUAUUGACGCAACAAAAAUGUCCUGUAGCGCUCGUCAAGGAAAGCACAGACUCAAAAUCUAAACUAAAGCCGUCCUUGGCGCCACCCAAGCAUAAAGACCCUUCGCCCAAAAAGCAGCCAGUUAAGGAACACCACGAUCCCAAGUCAAAAAGCGCCAACCAGGCCGGAACGAAGGCGAGCGGCAGCUGCGACUCCUCGGAACCCCCCGAUAAAUCUCUUCCCUGUGAUAAGACGCCGCCCCCCGAAAAGGGCGCCAAGAAAAAACCCACCCGCCGAGAAGCACCUAGCGAGACUCGCGCGCGGGCCAAGACUGACUCUAAGCGGCGCGUGUGACUCCGUCGCAAAAAAAAAUGAGACAUUUCCGCCUUUUCAUCAAUGUGGUAACAGGACCGGAGAAGCUGUUACGCCAGAGCUCGGCCAAUCGGGAGAAGCCUUGCUGAUGAGGUGCCAUAAAAACAUUGCACUGGUUUGUUGUUUUAACGCAGUACGAAUUGUCCUCACAUUCCUUUCUGUGCGAUUUGGAUCAGAAAACGUAGCAGUAACGCGGAAAAAAAAAUGACCUCGGAUUUCGAGGAUGUUAAAAGAAUCUGGAAAAUUCGAUGGGUGGCGCCUCCUUUGGAGAGAUCCGAUUGGUUGAGAAGGAUCUGGGUCUGUCUGUGUAGCAAAGUUUGAUGGUCAUUUAACAGAACAUUGAUGGUGUAUUUGUUCUCAGUGUUUUUUGACCUACAACGACCGUUAAAGAGUCCAAAAUGGCGUCCCGAUGGGAUUCGAGGAUGUCACAGGUAUGUUCACGUGAUUGGUUAACUGCCAUUGACGGUGUUAGAUGUCCAAUCUGUUUGAAGUGUCUACUAGCGAUAAACUGGUGGGAGGUUGCAUCUUGUCCAGAGGAAGAGCAAAAUUUUGACUUCAAUGGCUGCCAUUUGACAGGGCUGGACGUCAAUUGGGAGGGAUGGUUAAUUUGCUGCCACCCUCCCAGUUCAAAAUGGAUUGGACGUCUACUCGCGACAAACUAAUCGGUGUGGAGGUGCAUCUGAGUCAGGGGAAGAAUUUUAUUUAUUAACUUAUUGGCUGUCAUUGACAGAGCUAGACAUCCAAUCUAUUUGAAGUGGGAGGGAUGGCAGUGAAUGAACAAAUUUUCAUUCGCUUCCAACCUCCCAUUUCAAAAUGGUCCAUUAGCGAUAAACAUUCCUACUUCCUAAUGGAUUGGAUGUCUACUAGUGUUCAACUUGGCCUGAGGAAGAGCAAAAUUUUUUACUUCAUUGGCUGCCAUUGACGACAAAAGAUGUCCAAUUCAUUUGAAGUGGGAGGAAUGGCAGUGAAAGAACACAUUUUUCAUUCACUGCCACCACCUACUUAGAAAUGGAUCGGACAUCUACAAGUGUUAAACUAGGCCAAAGGAAGAGUUCAAUUUUGACAUCAUUGGCUGCCAUUGACGUCUAUAAAUGUCCAAUCCAUUUGAAGUGGGAGGGAUGACAGCAAAUGAACAAAUUUUCAAUCACUGUCAUCCUCCUACUUCAAAAUGGAUUGGACGUCUACUAACAUUCAAUUAGGCCUGAGGAAGAGCAACAUUUUGACUUCAUUGGCUGUCAUUGACGACUAAAGAUGUCCAAUCCAUUUUAUGUGGGAGGGAUAAAUCCUCCUACUUCAAAAUGGAUUGGACGUCCUCUAGCGUUCAACUAGGUCAGAGGAAGAGCAAAUUUUUUACAUCAUUGGCUGCCAUUGACGACUAAAGAUGUCCAAUCCAUUUGAAGUGGGAGGGAUGGCAGCAAAUGAACAAAUUUUCAUUCGCUGACACCCUCCUACUUCAAAAUGGAUUGGACGUCUACUAACAUUCAAUUAGGCCUGAGGAAGAGCAACAUUUUUACUUCAUUGGUUGCUGUUGACGUCGAUAGAUGUUCAAUCCAACUGAAGUGGGAGGGAUGGCAGCAAAUGUACAAAUUUUCAGUUGCUGCCACCCUCCUACAUCCAAAUGGAUUGGAUGUCUACUAGCGUUCAACUAGGCCUGAGGAAGAGCAACAUUUUGACUUCAUUGGCUGCCAUUGACGUCGAUAGAUGUCCAAUCCAACUGAAGUGAGAGGGAUGACAGUGAAUGAAAACAUUUUCAUUCACUUUCAUCCUCCUACUUCAAAAUGGAUUGGACGUCUACUAGCGUUAAACUAGGUCUGAGUAAUAGCAAAAUUUUGACCCUACUGGGUGCCGUUGACGUCUAUAGAUGUCCAAUCCAUUUAAAGUGGGAGGGGUGGUUCACUUGCUGCCACAUUCCUACUUCUAAUUGGAUUAGAUAUCUACUAAUGUUCAUUUAGGCCUGAGGAACAGCAAAAUUUUGACUUCAUUGGCUGCCAUUGACGUCUAUAGAUGUCCAAUCCACCUGAAGUGGGAGGGAUGACAGCGAAAGAACACAUUUUCAUUCGCUGCCACCUGAUUACUUCAAAAUGGAUUGGAUGUCUACUAGUGUUAAAUUAGGCCAAAGGAAGAGCAAAAUUUUGACUUCAUUGGCUGCCGUUGACGUCUAUAGAUGUCCAAUGUAUUGAAGUGGGAGGGAUGGUUCACUUGCCACAGUCCUACUUCCAAAUGGAUUGGACGUCUACUAGCGUUCAACUAGGCCUGAGGAAUAGCAAAAUUUUGUCUUCAUUGGCUGCCAUUGACGUCUACAGAUGUCCAAUCCAUUUGAAGUGGGAGGGAUGGCAGCGAAAGAACAAAUUUUCAUUCGCUGCCACCCUCCUACUUCAAAAUGGAUUGGAUGUCUACUAGUGUUAAAUUAGGCCAAAGGAAGAGUAAUUGGAUGCCAUUAAUGUCUCCAGAUGUCCAAUCCAUUUGAAGUGGGAGGGAUGCUUGCCACCCUCAACAACCUUCAAAAUGGAUUGGAUGUCUACUACAUAUAAAGUGGUGGAAGAGGACGAACAUUUUUACUUCAUUGGCUGCCACUGACAGCACUAGAUGUCGCUAAACACAACAGAAUGAUAAUCAAACGUCUUUUAUCGUCAUUGGCAUUGAAAGACUAAAAAAAAAAAUCGUCACAUGACCUGGCGAUGCCCGGGAUGGGAGCGAAUGAACGUUCAUUUGCUGCCACCGUCCCACUUCAAAUUGAUUGGACAUCUAGCGCUGUCAAUGGCGUCAAAUGAAGCAAAAAUUUUGUUCUUCCUCGUUCACCAAUUUAUCGUUAGUAGACAUCCAAUCCUUUUCGAAGUUGGAGAUUGGACGUCUACUAGCCAUAAACUCAUUAAUAGCAAGGUGCAUCUUGGCCAGAGGAAGAGAUAAGUUCGACUUAACCGGCAGCCAUUGACGUCAAUAGAUGUCCAAUCCAUUUUGAAGUGGAUUGGACAUCUACUAGCAAUGAAUUGGUAAAAGAGGAAGAACACUAUUUUUCUUCAUUGGCUGCCAUUGACAGCGCUAGCUACUAGCGCUAUACACAAAAGAAAGAUGGCGCCCAGCCAUGCUACCUUAGCGCAUUAGCAAAGUUUAGCUUCACGCUACUCACGCAUUUUGAGGCCUUUUUAAAUGGAAAUAAAAGUAAAACAAAUCAAGCUUUUUGGCUUUUUAUCUUAGAAAUUUAAAAAAGCACCUUAAAUACUCACAGCUUAGGCGUAGCGACAAAAAAGAAAAAUGACGACGCCAGUCCCGAAUGGAGUCCAGUCGAAAGCACAUUUGUUUACCCGCCUUCACCGCUGUAUAUUUUUGUAUAGUACUCAUUUGCCAAAAUAUUUGUGUCAGUGGGGAGGAAAAGUCAUGUUCAAGUGGUCCGCCCGUCUCGACUGUGUCGUCGUCAUUUCCACUGUGCAAACGAUAGCGUUCGCGUCCCACUUGCUUUUGUUUUUUGGGUCUUUUAGAAGAUGUGCAAUAAAAAGUUGUGUUAUUGAGUUUUUGUAUUUUGCCCGAGGAAAAAUGCUCUAUGGAUGUCAUAGAUGUUGUAUAUUAAAAAGCAGAUAUUUAUAUACUUAUAAUGUUGCGUCAUAAUGAGAAUAAAUAUGAAUCAGAUGACGUUUUGGCCUUGUUU